AUGAGUUUAUAUUCUUCUUCUAAUUCACCAAAAUGGACGAAUUCUUCAUCGUCAAAUGAUUAUAAUAAUUCACAUCAUCGUAAUAGUGGUAAUAAAUAUACAGCAUUCAAUGAUCGUCCAAAUAUUUCAAAACGUAUUCGUACCGACGAAACAUAUCCUUAUCGUCGUGGUAAUUUUUCAUCACCACCACAACCUCUUUACCCUUCAUUAGACGAUGAGCCACAAUCGUUAAAACCUCGUCCAUCAUUAUCCGAAAGAUUGGGUUUGAAAAAUGAUGAUUCAGAUGAAAAUGAAGAUGAAUCAACACCAUAUUCUCCGUCACAUACCAUAACAAAAACUUCUAUAGCUCUACCUAUGCCACCAUCAACAGCAUCCUCUUCUAUCCACAGUAAACAACAAGGCCCAACACAUUUAACAUUAGAUGAAAGGAUAAUUCGUAAUCCACAAUUGUCUUUAUUAGAAUCGACAUUAUCUGCAUCAUCCGUUGAUAGAAAAUCGAUAAUGGAUUUGUUAGGCGAUCAUACAAGUGAAGAUGAAGAAGAAGAAAUAGCUGAUGAUGAAAAUCAACCCUAUAGUCCAUCCCAAUUAGAUUCAACAACAAUGGAACAAGUAAGUCAUCAAUUAAGAACAAAACCAAUGUCAUUGCAACAACCACCACAACAACACGUCUACGUUCCACCUCCUACAAAAUCAACCGUUGUGCCUACUAUUAGUACGAGUAAUACAACCACUAUCAAUGGGACAAUGCAUCAAUCAGAACUUAAUAAUGAUAUUGAUUAUCGAAAACCAACAACAUCAAACUCAUAUGCACGACAUCAUCGUCAUGGACAUGUUCAUCAUAAACAUCAUCGAAAUCAUCAUAAAAAGAACGAUGAGACACAUGAAAAUCCAAAUAACUGUAUUGUUGUCAAUUAUAGUCAAAAUCAGUCAUUAUCUACUUCGUCAACUGAUCUAAUUCCAUCUUCACAACAUCAUCAUCAAAAACAACAACAGCAACAAAAUCAACAGCAACUGUCGAAGAAAACUUCAUCAACUGUUCAGCAACAAAUUCCGUUAACAUUUCAUGGUUUAUCCAUGCUAUCAUCAACAUCCGAUGAACCUCGUUCAAUUCCCAUUCAUGGUGAAGCGCCCGUUGUUGAUCCUCGUAUAAAAAUCUAUUCAAAUCGUUUAAAAUCAAAAGUUCGUCAAUUAUGUUUAGAACGUUUAGAACAAUCAAAAUCGACUAUUGAGAAAGUUCAAUUAAAUAAUGAAUUAGAUACAUUAGUGGAAUGUCAUGGAAAACGUUUAUAUUGGUAUAGAGUUAUUUGUUUUCUACAAAAUAUUCAAACACAACCAAAAACUUCUUCGUCUUAUAUCAAAGAACUAAAUAAAUUGUUAAUAUUAACACCGACAUUAUCAAAAUUAUUAAAAGUCAAACAACGUUAUCCGAAAAAAAUACCCAUUGAUGAAAUAUCAUCUGUUGUUGAUCCUCGAAUUGGAAAUCAAUUUUAUUUAAAAUCACAAAAAAUUAUAAUGAAAUCGUUACAAUAUACUUUAAUUGAUAAUAAUACAGAAACUUCAAAUGGAGAAGAUAUUGAGAGUCAAUCUCAAGCACAAUUACAAAUACAUGAUGGUGACAAUAGCGAUAAUGAUCCAAAUGAAAAUGAUUUUGAUCGAGAGGAAAUGGAUAUUGAAGAAGAAGAAGAUCAAAAUGAUGAAGAAUGA